AUGGUGACAAAGCUCUACCAAAAUAUCCUGGCCUUGGUGUUUGCCAUUCAAGAGAUCAAUGCAAAUCCCCACCUUCUGCCCAAUGCUACACUUGGUUUCCACAUCUCUGACAACUACCACAGUGCAAAGAUGACAUACCAUGACAUCAUGGAUUUGCUCUUCAGAUCACAUCGAUCUGUCCCUAAUUACAGAUGUGUUAGAAAGAAAAACUGCUUAGCCAUCAUUGGUGGAGUGGAUGGAGAGAGCUCUUUCCGUAUGGCCGACAUCUUAGGUCUCUACAAAAUUCCACAGCUCACAUAUGGCUCCUUUGCCCUUGUGGAGAGGGAUGCCACAGAAGUCCCUCAAUUUUACCUCAUGGCCCCAAAUGAAGCCAUUCAGUAUCCAGCUAUUAUCCGGUUGCUUCUCUAUUUCCAAUGGAACUGGAUUGGGCUCCUUACUGUGGAUGAUGACAGUGGGGAAAACUUCUUGAAGACCCUGGAGCCAUUGCUUUUGAGGAAUGGAAUCUGUUUGGCUUCCACAGGAAAAAUCCCAAAACAACCCAGAUGGGAUACCAUACAAGAUCUUUAUGGUUUAGUAUCGAAAAUAUAUUCACCUUUAACAGAUAACAAAGCCAAUACAGUUUUAUUCUAUGGACAAUCACUGACCGUGGUCAUGGUGAACGCUAUAGUAUUUCUCGGACAUUGUACAUACAAUACAAAUGUGUUAAUGGGAAGAAUGUGGAUUAUGACAGGCCAGGCUGAUAUCACAUCAUCAGGUCUUACAAGGGGCUUGAGUAGUGACUUCUUUCAAGGAGCUCUUUCUUUCACAGUUCAUUCUCUUGAGGUUCCUGGGUUCCAGAAAUUUCUUCACAACAUCAAACCGAACUGGAGAGAGGGAAAUGGGUUUCUUGUGGAUUUCUGGGAGCAAGCGUUCAAUUGUUCAUUUAAAAAUUCCCAGGAACCAAUGCAGGACAGUGGGACAUGUACUGGGGAGGAGAAGCUGGAGACCAUCCCUGGGCCACUUUUCGAAAUGCACAUGACGGGCCACAGCUACAGCAUCUAUAAUGCUGUCUAUGCUGUGGCUCAUGCUUUGAAUGCCAUAUCUACAUCUAGCUUCAAUCCUGGAGACAUUGUGAGGGGCAAAAGGAUUGAUCCUCAAGAUCUCCAGCCUUGGCAGCUCCACCCAUUUCUUCAAGACAUUUUGUUUAACAACUCUGCUGGAGAAACAAUAUCUUUUAAUAAGAUUAAGGAAAUGGUAGGUGGAUAUGAUAUAACACACCUGAUCAUAUUCCAAAAUACCUCCUUCCAAAGAGUGAAAGUUGGAAGGGUGGAUGCGGAUGAACGAAAACAAUUUGUCAUUCUUGAGGAUUUGAUUGACUGGAGAAAUUUUAACCAGGUAUUGCCCCGGUCAAUUUGCAAUGACUACUGCUACCCAGGUUAUCACAAGCAGAAGAAGGAAGGAGAGAAAACUUGUUGCUAUGAUUGUGCUCCCUGUCCAGAGGGAAAAAUUUCAAACAAGAAGGACAUGGUUGACUGUAUCAGAUGCCCCAGAGAUCAGUUUCCAAGCAAGGACCAAGAUCAGUGCAUUAAGAAAAGCAUCACCUUCCUAUCUUUUGAAGAACCUUUAGGGAUCUCUUCCUCCGUUCUAGCUGUUUCACUAUCCCUGAUUACAGCUCUAAUGCUAGGAACUUUCUUUAAGCAUAGAAACACCCCCAUAGUCAAAGCCAAUAACAGGAACAUCACCUAUACGCUCCUUGCCUCUCUCCUGUUCUGUUUCCUCUGUCCUUUACUAUUUCUGGGUGAACCGAGCAAGGCAACCUGCCUCUUCCGACAAGUGGCCUUCACCAUCAUCUUCACAGUGGCUGUUUCUUCCAUCAUGGCCAAAACCAUCACUGUGGUUGCAGCAUUCAUGGCCACCAAACCAGGGUCCAGCAUGAGAAAAUGGGUGGGGAGAAGACUGGCCUACUCCAUUAUUGUUUCAUGUUCCUUCAUUCAAGGAGGCAUUUGCAUGAUGUGGCUUGGAACCUCACCCCCCUUUCCAGAUUUUGACAGACAAGCACUGACGAGAGAGAUUGUGGCAGAAUGUAAUGAAGGGUCGGCCAUUAUGUUGUACAUUGCUCUGGGCUACUUGGGACUUCUGUCUGUCAUCAGCUUGAUCGCAGCUUUUCUAGCCAGGAAAUUGCCAGAUAGUUUCAACGAAGCCAAGUUCAUCACCUUUAGCAUGCUCAUCUUUUGCAGUGUCUGGUUGUCUUUUUUCCCAGCCUACCUGAGCACCAAAGGAAAAUACAUGGUAGCCAUGGAGAUCUUCUCUAUCUUAGCCUCAAGUGCUGGGUUAUUGGCUUGUAUCUUUUCCCCCAAGUGCUAUAUUAUUCUGGUGAAGCCUGAGUUGAACAAGAAGGAACUUUUGAUUAGUAGAAGGGGUUAA